CUAUAUUAGCUGUUAUCCCAGAGUGUACGGAACAGUCCUUUUCAAGAUGUAUGGAUUAUCACAUGUUGCAUCAACACCAGGAGCAAGUUCAACAGCGUUUAAUAGAGAACGUAGACGCAGCCUCUCACAGCGUAUUUUUCCAAGUUAUACUUGUGCCUUUUUGGAUGGUGACCCUGCCUAUGAGUGUUGUUCCACAAAUCCUUUGAGAGGCUUGCUUUCCACAUGUCGCCGCAGCCCUCGACUGCUUUCUAAUGGUUAUUACAUCCUGACAGAAGACAGUUUUCUGUCCGAUGAAGAUGGCAACAUAACACUGACACCAUCCCAGACAAGUGUUACAUAUAAAGAGAAUUUAGUUCGUGUAUUCAGGCGAAGGAAGAAAAUCCGUCGCUCUCUUGCCAGAUUGUUAAAUCUUGGUGCCUCCAGGUCAUGGAGGAACAGAAGUGUCCUCAGCAAUAUGGAUUCCUCCCACGUAGACGAUCCUUGGCCCAAUGGAUGCAAUAAUCCAGAAGUCAGUCAGAGUGAUAUUGAUGACUCUGACUUUUCUUCUGAAUAUGAUAGUCAUGUGCCACAAAGGCAAACUCCUUCAUCUAAUGGAGACUCUCUCACCAAAGAUGACGAGUUUCUUCAGCCCAAGAAACCAUUUUGUUCUUCAAAAUCCUGCUCUACAGUUGUGAGAAAUGCAAAUGAAGAGACUUUGAGCAAUGCAGAAUCCAGGGCAGUGCAAAAUGUCCUUUUUCAGAUGGUUGUACUGAACACAUGUUUAAUCAUUUCAGUAUGUACAAGAUAUAUUCUGGGAGGAUUGCCUGCCACUUUGUUGCUGAUAAUUUUAGUUUUUCUUUUUUUUCCCCAAGAUGCUGUUGUGUCAUCUUUCUUCAGCCUUGACACAUCUUUCAAAACAGCCAAGUUUUGGUAA